CGUUUCCGUUGCUCACCGUCAAUGUGUUCUCGAUGAUCAUGUAAACGUAUUCCACUCCGUCAUAGAUUGUAAACGUCGUUAUUUUUAUUCAAUUUGAUAAGUAAGCUCAAUGUCUACAAUGAUUCCCGUACGUAUAAAUGAUGGCGAUAAAAGCGAUGAGUAUAAACCUGGAAUGAACUUCAGAUCAAAGCUUCUGCUGUGGAUUAGGCAAAUAUUCUCAGAUGAUAGUUCAAGAAAUUUGUUUUGCUUUCUUUUACUGAAUCUGUCGUUUGCGUUUGUUGAACUGGCUUAUGGAAUAUGGACCAACAGUCUUGGUUUGAUAUCUGACUCAUUUCACAUGUUCUUUGAUUGCACUGCGCUUAUGGCUGGAGUGGUUGCUUCUGUAAUUUCGAGAUGGAAGAAAAACGAAAGAUAUUCUUAUGGAUAUGUACGAGUUGAAGUUCUUGCAGGAUUUGUCAAUGCACUUUUUCUUUUAUUCAUUGGAUUUUUUAUUCUUUCUGAAGCAAUGGAGAGAGUAUUUCAUCCUCCUCAUGUUGAGCACGAGAGAUUGUUUGUUAUUUCUGUUCUUGGUUUUAUUGUAAAUUUGAUUGGGAUUUUUGUUUUUCAUCAUGGUGGAGAUUGUCAUGGACACUCACAUGGUGGUGGGAGUCAUGGUCAUUCGCAUGGUGGUCAUUCACGUAGUCAUGUUGAACAUGAACAUUCCUUUGCCAACUCCUUACAACAUAAUCAUUUGCAUGGUGGUGAAAAUCAUGGUCAUUUACAUGGUGGUGGAAAUCAUGGUCAUUCACAUGGUGGUGGAAAUCAUGGUCAUUCACAUGGUGGUGAAAGUCAUGGUCAUUCACAUGGUGGUGAAAGUCAUGGUCAUUCACAUGGUGGUGAAAGUCAUGGUCAUUCGCAUGGUGGUGGAAAUCAUGGUCAUUCACAUGGUGGUGGAAAUCAUGGUCAUUCACAUGGUGGGGGAAAUCAUGGUCAUUCGACUGGUGGUGAAAGUCAUGGUCAUUUACAUGGUGGUGGAAAUCAUGGUCAUUCACAUGGGCUAGGUUUUGGUGAUUCAAAUCAUCUUGAAGAUUUACCUUCAUCGAGUAAUCAAAUCAUUCAAGGUGUUUUUCUUCAUGUAUUGGCUGAUACUCUCGGAAGUGUUGGUGUUAUCAUAUCUGCUGGACUUAUAAAAAUGUUUGGAUGGAUGUUGGCUGAUCCAAUCUGUUCGUUGUUUAUAGCAGUUUUGAUAACAAUAAGUGUGAUUCCUUUAUUGAAAGAGUCAGUGGGAAUUUUGAUGCAAAGGAUUCCACUUGGUUUAGAAAAGGACCUGCAUUUAGGAUAUCAACGAGUUUAUCAAAUAGAGGGUGUUCAUAGUAUUCAAGAUCCUCAUUUUUGGACAUUGUGCAGUGGAAUUUGGGUUGGUAACCUGCGACUAUUGGUUGCACCUGCCACUGAUACGCAAAGAAUCUUAAGUCAGUGUCAUAAAAUAUUUUCUCAGCUGGGUGUCAAGCAACUGUAUGUACAGGUCGAGUUUUCAUCUUAACGUAUAUAAAUAGUUUCUUUUGCGAGAUAGAAUGUAGAUUUAUCCACAAGAAAUUAUUUGUACAAAGAAGUGGUUGACAGUGUACUUCAAUUGCAUGAUGAUUCUAUUUCGUAAGAGUAAAAAGAUUCUUUGAUAGAAUUCUUAAUAUUUGUUAACAGUGAUAUUUUCUGAUGAAGAAAUGCUAUUAUCCAAGUUUUACACUAUUGCUCAUCAUCAAAUAUAGUUCAUAAGUUGGAAGAUCUUAUGAACCCUUGCAAAAA